AUGAAGCUGACUAGCGAAAGGAUGCCCAAGAACCCCUUUACAUGCUGUUCAUUGCAGAAUGGUGCUAUAAAACAAAGAUUCUUCCAACAGAUCGAGGAGAAGCCUGAUCAUUACCACCAUGCUGAAUUGGUGCAAAAAGCACUGACACUUUUGCAAAAAAGAAUACUGAAUGGGGAUGUAAUGGCAUAUUUCUUACGAGGUCAAUUAUAUUUUGAAGAGGGGUGGUAUGAAGAAGCAUUAGAACAGUUUGAAGAAAUCAAGGAAACUAGCCAUCAAGCAAUAUACCAACUAGGAGUUAUGUAUUAUGAUGGGCUGGGGACAGAGGCAGAACCUGAAAAAGGAGUGGAGUAUAUGAGGAAAAUUAUUGAUUCUUUGUGCCCCAAAGCAAGACACUUAAAAUUUGCAGCUGCUUACAAUCUUGGAAGGGCUUAUUAUGAAGGAUGUGGAGUUAAAAGAUCAGAGGAGGAAGCAGAAAGACUGUGGCUUUUAGCUGCAGACAAUGGAAAUCCAAAAGCUAGUGUGAAGGCUCAAGGAAUCCUAGGAUUGUAUUAUUCAACAAAGGAACCUAAAGAUUUAAAAAAGGCAUUUUAUUGGCAUUCAGAAGCAUGUGGCAAUGGAAAUCUGGAGUCCCAGUGUGCUCUUGGGCUCAUGUAUUUCUACGGAGAAGGCAUCGGCCAGGACACAGAAUUUGCCCUGCAAUGCUUGAAGGAAGCUGCUGAGCGUGGAAAUGUCUACGCUCAGGGGAUUCUUGUGGAGUAUUAUUAUAAGAUGAAAUUUUUUACCAAGUGUGUUGCAUUUUCCAAAAGGAUUGCUGACUAUGAUGAAGUUCAUGACAUUGCCAUGAUAGCCCAGGUUACAGACUGCCUCCCGGAGUUCAUCAGCAGAGGCAUGGCCACAGCAUCUUUCUACUAUGCCCGCUGUCUUCAGCUUGGCUUGGGCAUCACAAAGGAUGAAAAGAUAGCUCAACACUAUUUUGAUAAAGCUUGUCACCUAAAUCUUGCAUUGGCUGAUGAACUUCAUGAUUCAGUUAUUCAUCAAAGAAUUUAG